AUGCCUUCACGUCUGGUAUCUAAAGCCCCCCAAUGCAUGUCAUGUAUACGUCGCAUGACAAGCUUGGGGGAUACAUUCUCAUCGCCACUGGGCCAGCAAAUCCGAGGGAAGAAGAAACUUGCCAAGGUCUCCACUGUCAACGUCCAAUUGCUGCAAAAUAUCCCUGGGUAUGGCAAGAAAGGGUCGGUUGUGCCGGUAAUAGCAGGGAUGAUGCGAAAUAUCUGGUUACCAAGAAAGAUGGCAGAGUAUGCAACCUCUAGUAGGCUCCAAGAGCUGGGAAAAGAGGACGUUGUCGUAGAGCGUGAUUAUACUUUCCUACCAAAUAAACAGCGGAAAUCUAUAAAGGCUGCUCAAGCCUUGGCUCGCGCUCAAACUGCAGCUGAAGCGGCUCUUCCACAGGAGGCACCUGCGAUCUCAAAUGAGGACCUUCCAUUCCUGAGUCCUGAUGCAGCAACGAACAUUAUAUCAAAGCUCCUCCCAGCAAACAUCGAUUUCUACCGAACCCCCAUUGCGACUGAACAGCACAAAUCCCAGCCGCCAAAGAGACUGUCUCCAUCCAUACCAGCUGCAUCGGCGAUCUCCGCGGCAGCAGCUGAAGGACAGCCAAAGGAAGUGGAGGCCAAGGAACCAGGCAAGACAAGCAUAUACGGCUCAGUGUCAACGAGUGAUAUUGCUGCGAAUAUCAAGGCUGUAUUAGCAGAAAAUAAUGAGGGAGCCAGAGUUGUCCUCUCGUCUGAGCACAUUUCUUUUGUCGAGGAAAUGGAGGACCAGGAUAGAGUGAAGCAUCUCGGAGUUUUCGAGAUUGAUAUUCGACUUCCCGGUGCUGCAAAUGCUGUCCGGAGAACGAUUACAGUCAGUGCACAGGAGUAG